CAGGAUGCCUUGCGAGAUGCGUACAAGCGUGAAGCUGGCUAUAAAGGAGCACUGUAUGAAAUGCAGUCCACUGUUGUGCUGCAGGGCAUGUUCAGUGAUAGAAUGUCAAGUCAGCUUGCUGUGCAGAAAGAAAAGAGGAAGGGAAAAAAGCAGGAGCAGUUAGUUGGUGAUGGGCUUCGAAGGUUACUCACAGGAGAUGAGUUUUACAACUCUGUUGUUGAACACCAUGAAGCUGCAGAUGCAGAAGCAGUGGCAUGA